CAUAUAUUUUAAAUGUUGUUUUAAAAUGGCGGAAAAUAAGGUCAGUACGUUGCUAUGCGCAAACUUCUUGCUUUAGUUACGAGUAGAUUGAAGCAUAGCACACUUGUCUACUUGCAUCAUGCUAUAAUAUAAAAGUAGCGGAUAGUUACAACAUAACUAAGUCUGAUUGAUAUCAAAUCUCGAAAAAGUCGACAAAUAAUUGACAAUAUCAAAGGUCUCGUUAUCGCGAAAAAUUAUCAUUGUUUUCUGGAUUGAUUUCGCGCGGAAUGACGGGUUGUUGCGUCCCCGGUUGCAACAAUUCGAACAGAAAGGGAUUUUUGAUGAGAAACUUUCCUUCAAAUCCUGAUCGGAAAAAACAGUGGAUCGCUAGUAUUGGUAGACCGAAUUGGACACCUAGUAUGCACAGUCGAAUAUGUGAGAUACAUUUCACCAAAGACAUGUGGGAGAAAGAUCGUUGUGAUGGCAAACGCAAACUAAAGUAUAAUGCUGUACCUGUGAUUUCUUCUCCUUCUGUGCCGCACAUUAUAUCUGUGCCACAAGAUAUUCCUGUGCUGCAAGAUGUUUUUGUACCACAAGAUAUUUCUGUGCCACAAGAUAUUUCUGUGCCACAAGAUGUUCCUGUUUUAUCAGAAAAUUAUAACAAGAACAACAAUGUCAUAAACAUGCUUAUUGCAAGCAUGACAAAUGAAGGAAAUGUAAAAAUAAAUUAUCAGUAUCAAUUACACUCAGACAAUAUGAAGCAAUUAAACGACAAACAACCGGAAGAUCUUUUAAGUAUGUUUACGAACGUUCAGGAAGAGAUAGACUGGAAAAAACGAUGCCAGGAACUGAAGCAGCUAUUGGCAAAGAGCAAAAAUGAUGGAUGUAUACAUGUUCCAAUUGAGAAUCAGAAAAUAAUGCAACCAUAUAAUGCAUUAGGAGAAAUGGGAAACGCUAUGAAUAAACAUGCUUCCAAUGAAAUAAAUGAUAAAAAUCAUUUUUCCUGGAAUGAAAAAGCUGUCUUUUUAAUGCUGGAAGAGUACAAAAAAAGGGCUGAACGCUUUAGAAAUCCUGAAAACAAGAAAAAGCAACUUUGGCAAGAAAUAUCUGACGAGAUGACAAAAUAUGGGUAUAAAGUUGAGGCAGAUGCAAUAAACAAAAAGUUUAGAAAUUUGAAGAUGAGAUAUCUAAUUAUAAAGAAUAGUGAUAAAAAGAAAACGUCAAGGUCUGGUAGAAUGUCUUGGAUUUAUUUUGAUAUUAUGUCCGAAAUUGUUUUUGCUGAUAGGACAGUAAAUCCAAACUUAGCAAUGGCAUCAGCUGUAUUUUUUAAUAAUGAUAACGAUAAUGACAAUACUCAGAAUGAAAUUGAAAAGAUUGCUAGAUUUGAAAAUUCUAUUCUUUCUAAGAAUUUAAGUGAUCGAGAAAUCGAAAAUGUUUUAUCGGUCGCAUCUACUAGUUCAACUAUCAGUAUAUCAAGUAUUUUAAAAAAAAAUGUACGAAAUAAAAAAUUUAGAAAAAGAAAUAACUCUAUAGAUAAUUAUAGAAAAAGAUAUAUGGAAAUAGAAGAAGAACGAAUUAAGGAAUUAAGAAAGAUAAGAGAAGCUAUAGAAAAAAAUAACAUAAUACAAAAAGAAAGAGUAGAGAUAUUAAAACAGUACUUGUUAAUUCAACGAGGAAAUCUUAAUAAUAUUUUUUAUUAUUGCUCUUAAUACUUUUUGAUAACAAUUUGCGAUCGAAGUUUUAGUUCUUCAUAUCUAGGCCUUUAUUUCAGUUUCAAAGAUCUAA